GGUCCCUGACCGGUCGACGCAGCCUCCUCCCGGUUCCAGAGAAUCAGAGUCACGUUCAGUCAGUGGCCGACUCCCGUCCGCGGAGGUGGUGUGCGUUGUCGUUCCUUCGGCUCUCAUACUAGUGUCGAGAGGGGUUUUCCGGUUUUCAAGCCGCGGUCCCGGCCGAUCUUCAGCGGGAAUGACGGCCAUCAGGAGCACGUGGUCGUCGGUGCUUCUCAUAUUUAUUAUAGGAUUAUGCCUGCGUGACGCCCUUGCAAAGCACCAUCACGUGAAAUUGAGGCACGAAAGACAUCGUCGUCAACACGGGGAGAACUAUCUGCCUAGCAGCUUCGUGUCGGACACGGAUGAUCCUGAACGUGGUACCUGGGGACCGUGGUCGUCGCCUAGCUCGUGUUCCAGGACCUGUGGCGGUGGUGUCGCGCAUCAGACCAGACAGUGUCUCGACAUAGAGUGA